GCCCGGGGCGGCGGCGCGGGUUGUGGUGGUGUCGCGCCGGGGGCCAUGGUGCUGGACCCGGCGGCGACUGCGGGGCUUGGUGGCAGUGCGGCACCCACCCUGGCCGCCCGCCAUGGCCCACCGCUCUGCUCCUGCCCGUCCCCGCCGACACCAUCACCUGCGCUCCGUUGCCCGCGGGGAACCCGGCGUCUGUCGGAAACCGGGGCCGUGAUGCAGAGGAACGAAGGCGCGGGGAUGCGCGGGGGUCUGCGCGCCGCCGCGUCCCUGCCCCAUAUCGCGCGGGGUCGCGGGGAGGAGGGCGGCGGGCGGCGGAGCCCCUGCCUGCUCGUAGCGCUGCGGCCGUGCAAUGUGGAGGCGGAGCGGGAGCGGUUCUUCCGCGCCAGCUUUGCCUAUGACCCGCAGUUCGAGUACGCCGAGCCCGUGCCCGCCGCUGUACUGGAUAAGUACGCGGCCGCUUCCGAUCGCUUCGUGGCUCAGGCAAUCAGGAUCAUUCGUGCUGUCUUGGAGAAGUAUGGUACCUACGAGUGCUUUGAAGUUGCCACAGGCGGGAGGCUGCUGAGCAAGUGCCAGAUCUGGUCUGUGAUCCGAAAGUACAUGCAGAAGGAGGGCUGUGUGGGAGAGAACUGUUCUGGCGCUGCCGGAGCUCAGAGGUCUCCAUAUGGAUUUUGGGGAGCGAGCUGGCAGCUUGCAGCAGAGAAACUCCUGACCCCAUUGGUGGUGGUGCAGCUCACUGAUGACCUCCUGUCCCAGGCGGUGAUGAUGGUGGAGGACAGCCGGCCAACGCUGGCCAUCAAUCUGGCUGGGGCCCGGCAGCACUGGCUGGAGGGGAUGCUGCGCCAUGAGAUCGGCACCCACUACAUCCGGGGGGUGAACAACACCCGCCAGCCCUGGCACAGCUCUGAGGGCCGCAAGCAGUACAGCCUGAAGCCUGCCAACCCCACGGAGGAAGGCUUGGCCAGCUUGCACAGCGUCCUCUUCCGCAAGCAGCCCUUCCUGUGGCGAGCAGCCCUGCUCUACUACACCAUCGAGCGCGCCAGCCGCCUCUCCUUCUCCGCCCUCUUCCAGGACCUGGAGCAGUAUGUCCAGGAUGCUGGCAUCCGGUGGGAAUACUGUGUGCGGGCAAAGAGGGGCCAGACCGACACCUCACAACCAGGCUGUUUCAGUAAGGACCAGGUCUACCUGGACGGGAUUCUCCGCAUCCUGCGCCAUCGGCAGACCAUUGACUUCCCAUUGCUGGCUGCACUUGGAAAGGUCUCUUAUGAAGAUGUGAAUCGGCUGAAGAAAUUUGGGGUGCUGGAGAAAGCCCGCAUCCCUCAUUUCAUGCAGGACCUGGAGCGGUACAUGAAGCAGCUGGACCACAUCAUCACCACCAACUGCUUAAAUGAGGAGGAGCUGCAGCAGCUGCUGCCUGAGGAGCAGCAACCCCCCAAAGCCGGCACUCCAAGGGUGUAACUACUGGGAUUUAUGUGAUAUGUAUUAGGACUGGAGCCUGGAAGAGCGGGCAGAGCCUGGGCCUCCCUCUGCACCAAGAUGGCCACUGUGCAUGUUCUGCUGUGUAGGGUAGCUCUGGUGUGGUUCGUGUUGAUGUGUCGUGUCCCCCACACUGUCCCCUCUGCACUUGCGGGGACAGCUGUGUGGUUCCACAUGGCUCUGGGGAUCUGGAGAAGAGGGUUCAGAGGGAGCAAGGGCAAAGCUGCAGCAUGUGCUGGCACCCGAGAUGAGUCUACGUGGGGCAGUUGUAGUGGUGGGGUAUGUCCUUAAGGUACAUGGGGUGCUCCCAGUAGAGUGGGGGGCACCUACUAAGGGCUUGGGUCUCUGGGCUGUGCUGGCAGGGAAUAAGGGCUGGCCCAUACCAACUGAUAACCCUGUGCAUGUGUUUCCCCUCCCUAUUCCUUCUCUCGUGCAGCAGAAAGGACUUUAACCUCUCCAAAUCCCUGCUCUCCACCACAGGUAUUUGCCCACCAUUAACCAUCGUCCUGCAGCCACUGCCUGGCUCUGAGGACUCGGGGUGGGCAUUGGACUUGUUUGUUAGGAAAAAGCAUGUAAUAAAACUGAUGUCGUGGAAA